CCUCGCCCGCGCUCCUCGCCGCGGCUCUUUCCGCGCACAGCGUCCCGUGCUCCGCCGGCGCCUGUUUGGGCUCCGACCACUCGCCCCGCCGGCCACGCCAGGCCCCUCCCCUCGCCCACCGACGGCGCAGCGACAGCCACGCCCUCCGCCGCUGCUGAACCGCCGCCGCCAUGUCGAGCGUCGACGAGACCGUCGCCAAUGUGCAGCGCAAGAUUGACCGCGAGCGCGCCCUGAUCAACGCCGCCAAUGCCAUGCGCCAGUCGACCAACAACCCGGCCGUGCUGUCGCGUCUGGACGGCCAGAUCAAGGACGGCCGCCGCAACAUCGAGUACUUCGAGUCCAAGCUGCACGACCUGAGCGUGCAGCGCACCGCCGCCGGCGUCGAGAACAUGAGCCUGCAGCCUGAUGGCUGGAACGGCUAUAUGCCCAACGACCAGGGAGGCUACGGCGCGCAGCAGGGCCAGUAUGGCGACCCCGCCGGCGCCCAAGGGCUCCAGCCGCCCCGCGCCCCGUAUGCCGCACCAGCUUCUGGUGCGGCGAGCAAGCGCCCCAACUACAGCAAGCUCGAUCUGAUCCGCUAUGACACGCAGCAUCUGGGGCCCCGCAUCCAGCUCAUGCUGUCGCAGCUCGAGUUCAAGCUCAGUGUCGAGAAGCAGUACAAGGACGGCAUCGAGAAGAUGGUGCGUCUGUACCAGAUGGAGGGCGACCGCAAGAGCAAGCAGGACGCCGAGGCCAAGCGCAUCGAGAGCAACCAGAAGAUCCAGCUGCUGAAGCACUCGCUCAAGCGCUACGAGGACCUGCACGUCGACAUUGACGGUGCCGACGACGGCGAUGAUGAUAGCCUGAGCGUGCCCAGCCAGCGCAAGCCGCUGAGCGGCCAUCUGGCCCUGACCGUCCACGCAAUCGCCGAAGCUGACCACGCGGCCACCGGUCGCUUCAGCCGAGGACCCGAAACCUUCAUCAACAUCAAGGUCGAAGAUGCCGUCAAGGGCCGCACCAAGCCCUCCAGGAACGACCGCUGGAUUGAAGAGAGACACGAGUUCGACAUUGACAAGGCGAACGAGAUUGAAAUCACCGUGUACGAUAAGACCGGCGACCAUGCACUGCCCAUUGGUAUGCUUUGGGUCCGCAUAUCGGACAUCGCCGAGGAGAUGCGUCGAAAGAAGAUCGAAACGGAGCUGCAGACCUCUGGAUGGGUCGCCGCAGACAAGAUGGGAGGACACGCAGGCAUUCAGCCAGAUCUCCAGUUCCAGCCACCCCCAGGACAGAACCCUGCCGGUGGGGCAGGAGCCGGUCCAGGUGGUAUGCGGCCUGCCGGAGGUGCGCAGCCCCAGACGGGACCCAUCGUAAUUGACGAUUGGUUUUCGCUGGAGCCAGUCGGACGCAUCCACCUCUCCAUGGCCUUUGCCAGAAACACGCAGAACAAGACUCCGUUCGACGUUGGUCUCGGUCGAAAGGGCGCCGUUCGUCAGCGAAAGGAGGACGUGGUCGAGCAGUAUGGACACAAGUUCGUGCAGCAGCAGUUCUACAACAUCAUGCGUUGCGCUCUCUGCGGUGACUUCUUGAAGUACUCUGCUGGCAUGCAAUGUACCGACUGCAACUACACGUGUCACAAGAAGUGUUACCCUAAGGUGGUCACCAAGUGUAUCACACAGUCGAACGCCGAGACGGAUCCGGACGAAGCCAAACUCAACCACCGCAUUCCCCAUCGCUUUGAGACUUUCUCAAACAUGGGCGCUAACUGGUGCUGUCACUGCGGUUACGUACUGCCCCUCGGACGGAAGCAAACCAAGAAGUGUGCUGAAUGCGGUCUUACAUGUCACGCUCAUUGCGUACAUUUUGUUCCCGACUUUUGUGGCAUGUCAAUGGAGGUUGCUAAUCAAAUUCUCAUGGAGAUUAAGAGGACCAGAAGAGGACAAUCAACCUCGGGCUCGAACAUGACGAACCGAACAUUACGCCCACAGCCACCAAAGCCUCUACCGACACCCCAGUCUCCACAGUCUGGUGGGGAGUCGUCGUCGCCGACAGACCGAUACUCUUAUAACAACAAGAACGAGAGCAUUGCGCCACCAGCUGCCGGCCGGACGCAGUCGUAUGCGCCAUCGUCCCAGGCGUCAGGUGCCGCGCGCACUUCCUACUCUUCAGGCGGCUCCACUGCACCCACGUCCCCAACUACCUCACAGCGACCUUCCUCCGGGCGAACUCAGUCUUCGCAAUCCGCGAUCGCCGCCGCUGCCGCUGUCAUGGCGAAACCUCCGGCUGGACCCGCGGCACCUGAUUAUCGACGCUCCCAGACAGCAGACUACCAAGCGGCCCCCAAGCCUGCAGGAUACCCCCAGGAUCAGCGUACACCGCAGCCGCCACCUCAGCAAGCUACAUACAACCCACAGCACUACGCUGAUGUUGACAAGCGACAACAUCAAUCUCCUCCAGCAGGGCCGCAAUACGGUAACAGCCAGUCGUUCGCACAUCCCCAGCCCCCACAGGCUGCACCACAGCAACCUCCUGCGCCGCCUGCGAAGCAAGAUCCUCGACAGCCGCCACAGCAAGCAUCUGCCUUGACGAAAGCCCCCGAGAAUAAGGUAACGCCACCGGCCAACGCGGCAGGAACUGGAAGAAGGAUAGGUCUGGACCACUUCAACUUCCUUGCAGUCCUCGGAAAGGGUAACUUUGGUAAGGUCAUGUUGGCCGAGACCAAGAGUUCAAAGCAGUUGUAUGCUAUCAAGGUCUUGAAGAAAGAGUUCAUCAUCGAGAACGACGAAGUAGAGAGCACGCGAUCGGAGAAGAGGGUGUUCUUGAUUGCCAACAAGGAGCGUCAUCCCUUCUUACUCAGCCUGCACGCUUGUUUCCAGACAGAGACUCGUGUCUACUUCGUCAUGGAGUACAUCAGUGGUGGUGAUCUCAUGCUGCACAUCCAGAGGGGCCAAUUUGGUACUAAGCGAGCUCAAUUUUACGCAGCAGAGGUCUGUCUCGCGUUGAAGUACUUCCACGAGAACGGUGUCAUCUACCGUGACUUGAAGCUCGACAACAUCCUACUUACUCUGGAUGGGCACAUCAAGAUUGCUGAUUACGGUCUGUGCAAGGAGGAAAUGUGGUACGGUUCAACAACCAGCACAUUCUGUGGUACGCCUGAAUUCAUGGCGCCUGAAGUAAGUCUUCUGCAGAGUAUCUCGACUUGACACUGACAAGUGGUAGAUCUUGCUCGACAAGAAGUAUGGUCGCGCUGUCGACUGGUGGGCAUUUGGUGUCCUGAUCUACCAGAUGCUUCUCCAGCAGUCGCCCUUCCGUGGUGAAGAUGAGGAUGAGAUCUACGAUGCUAUCCUCGCUGAUGAACCCCUCUACCCUAUUCACAUGCCUCGCGACUCUGUCUCGAUCCUCCAGAAGCUGCUCACUCGCGAGCCUGAACUACGACUUGGAUCAGGCCCCACAGAUGCGCAAGAGAUU